CGAACGACUGGACCAUGAUCAUCUUUAGUGAAGCAUCAGAUCACUUCAAAAGUUGUGCGAUUGUAGAAGUGAGGCUGCACGCAUGAAAGGCACUACUAGUACGACUGCAGAUCCCACUUUCAGGGGGCCGCGCCAGGAACAUCAUCUGGAGGCGACGGUCACGGUUCAUUUCACAGCAGAUCACGUGGUAAUGGACAGUCACGUGCUACAGGCCAAGCUUGCAGUUGUCCAGAGCUUCUGAUGCGGACCCACCGCAGUUCAGUUGCUUCAACAUCAUCGAAUUUGGAACUCACACCACCACUACCACUGACUCUCAACUCCCGGAACCUCGACGACACUUCCCCUUCGCCAUUGUUCGGACUCUAGUGUUCUCACCAUGGUUUUCGUUGCUACUCUCGCACGCCGGGCGGCAUCGUCCGCAUCGUCAAAGGCUGGCGCAGCAGCAAAGGAUGCAUCAUUGAAGAAGGGUGCCCGACGAGAUCCCGAGCUCUACAUCCUUGGUGCCGUCAUGUGCGGUGCUUUCAGUAUUGCAGGGUUUUACUUUGGCCGCAAGCCAACUUCCGCAACCUCGGAAGCCGAAGUCUCGGUUGCCGAAAGCUCUAUGCCGUGGCAGGUGCAGCAGGGAGAUGAGGACGAAUCCAAGCACUUCAAAUACCAGUAUCAUCCCAAGGGCGACCGAAGCCAGAGUCCCAAGAAUGCCCCGAGCGCCUUGAACACAGUCAUCGUGCCGAACGUUACAUUACCCAAGGCUGUACAUGACAAGUUGAACAAAUGGGGAAAGGAAGGUUAUUGAGCAGCUGGCAGGCGAUCCGAUGCCGUAAACCAGUUUGGCGGUGAACGGACUGAGAAGGAUACCUCCGGGAAUGUUGUACAUAUUUGCCGAAAGGGAGGGACCAUGCACCAAUACCAUACAAGCAUUUACAGUACUUUUGGUUGCGAUCAACAAUGAACCGUCUUCACCUUGCACGGACGGCCCCUUUCCGUGCAGCCCGAUGAGCUCCUAGACGGAAUCCAAUCCAUCAAACAGAGAAGAGGUGGGCGAGGCGCCAAUGCAUUAACAUGUCAGAAGCACCGGGGGGUUAACCCAGGUACUAGUUUGCUUCUUCGUGAACAAUAUGUUUCUUGAUUCUCGUA